CAAAUAUCGAACAUGUAAAAUGAAAACGAAAGCUGAAUAUGAUUUUUUUGUCUUGCUCUAAACAAUCUUUCUGCAUAUUAGUUUUCAUCUUCUUUUCUCUACCUUUUGAUCAGACCAGGUUUGGGAAAAUUGAAACAGAGUUAUGGCUCAAUAUGGUGCUAGAAUGGUUGUGCCUAUAGACGUGAAGAAGAAGCCAUGGGAACAGAAACUUCCACUUCACAAUCGGUGGCACCCUGAUAUACCAGCAGUUGCUGAAGCUACAGUUGGGGAGGUUUUCAGAGUGGAAAUGGUGGAUUUCAGUGGGGGAGGCAUUACUAAGGACUACACUGUGAAGGAUAUAAAAAAUGCUGACCCUUCUAUUGUUCAUUACCUCAGUGGACCAAUCCGAAUUGUGGACAAGGAUGGGAUUCCAGCCAAGCCUGGUGAUCUACUGGCAGUUGAAAUAUGCAACUUGGGUCCUCUCCCCGGAGAUGAAUGGGGAUUUACAGCGACUUUCGAUCGAGAGAAUGGAGGUGGUUUUCUGACUGAUCAUUUUCCUAGUGCAACCAAAGCAAUUUGGUAUUUUGAAGGAAUAUAUGCCUACUCUCCUCACAUACCAGGAGUAAGAUUUGCUGGCUUGACUCAUCCGGGAAUAGUUGGAACAGCACCAUCCAUGGAACUUCUAAAUAUAUGGAAUGAAAGGGAAAGACAACUUGAAGAGAAUGGGUUGCAUUCUCUGAAACUAUGUGAAGUUUUGCAUCAACGUCCCUUGGCUAACUUACCAUCCACAAAAGGUUGUGUCCUUGGAAAGAUCCAAGAGGGCACUCCAGAAUGGGAGAAAAUAGCUAGGGAGGCUGCAAGGACAAUACCAGGAAGAGAAAAUGGAGGAAACUGUGACAUCAAGAACCUCAGCAGAGGUUCAAAAGUAUACCUUCCAGUAUUUGUGGAGGGAGCGAAUCUGAGUACUGGUGACAUGCAUUUUUCUCAGGGUGAUGGUGAAAUCUCAUUCUGUGGGGCAAUAGAGAUGAGUGGCUUUUUGGAGCUCAAGUGUGAAAUUAUAAGGGGAGGAAUGAAAGAGUAUCUGACACCAAUGGGGCCAACUCCUCUUCAUGUAAACCCAAUCUUCGAAAUAGGUCCUGUUGAACCAAGAUUCUCAGAAUGGCUUGUAUUUGAAGGCAUCAGCGUUGACGAGAGUGGGAGGCAGCACUAUCUUGAUGCCUCUAUCGCUUACAAGCGUGCAGUGCUCAAUGCCAUUGACUACCUCUCUAAAUUUGGAUAUUCCAAAGAACAGGCGUAUCUUCUGUUGUCAUGUUGUCCUUGUGAAGGAAGAAUUUCUGGAAUAGUCGACGUCCCCAAUGCUGUAGCAACCUUAGCAAUCCCAACAGCUAUAUUCGACCAGGAUAUUCGUCCAAAAUCCAACAAGGUUCCUGUUGGACCCCGGAUCGUGAGGAAACCAGAUGUCCUGAAAUCCACCUAUGAAGGAAAUCUGCCCAUUACAAGGAACCCUAGCUCCACAGUAUAAAUCUUACCUAUGGUGCUGGGUGGGAAAUAACAGAUAUUUAAGGUUUCAUCUUCCAUGAAUAUAGGAACUUGCACAGAUAAUAUGCAUGCAAAUUAAAUAUGGAACUAAAUUUUUGCAGGAUAUCAUUUACCUUCUGGGUAAGCAAUCCAACCACAUCAUGUGAGUGAUAAAGAUCAUUAUUACCUUCUAUCA